AUGAGACUACUCAAUACUUUACGGAAGCCUUUUAGAGUUUUCCGCCGAUUUUUAAACUCUUUAACUACUCGAAAAAUAGAAAACAAAUCAUUCACCGAGCAGCUAACUGAGGAAGCAGAUGAAUUUAUAUUUUCUAGCUCAAAAUGUUGGCAACCUUCCAGAGAUGAACUCUCUCAACGAUGCCCAUCACCCCAAGAUUCCUAUAUUAGCACUUCCUCAAAUUUCAGCACUGUUUCCGAAAAAACUUCCAGUUUUGGCAUCCCAGAGGUUCUCAGCAAGAGUGAACAUUUCACAAAAAGCCAAAAGAUGAUGACGUAUCCAUGCCUGAAGUCUGUGCUCGUUAACUUCGAUCCAAAUUUGAGGUGAGCGGGCGGCAAACAUGUACCUUUCCCUAAAACUGGCAUAACUUAAGAACCUGAUUAGCUACAAAAAUGCCAAAUAUAUUUUCUGAAAGUUCAAUUUAUGGGAAUGUUUUUGUUAUUUUAAAAAAAAAUAUUCCAUGUUUUCUUUGAGAUAUAACAGUUUGUAUGUGUAAAUCUACUGUUUUUAACUGAAAAACUCAAAGUAUACUUCAACCUUUUAAAAUUCUCAGUGAGA